AUGGAAGAUAGUAUUAAUCAAGAAGCAACUGUUGAUAACAAUGCUUCUGUGAAUAAUAACAUGUCUGCCGAUACUCCUAUUCCGAAUGAUGCUGCUAAUCCUAAUUCCCGUAGUGCUAACGAUAGUCAUUCACAAGGUUCUUCUAACCUUAGGGGAAAAACAGAUUUAGCUUGGAAAUAUGUUGCUUUACAACACGUGAAUGGAAAACCACAAUAUCAAUGUUUAUUUUGUCUACAAGUUUUCAAUGGAGGUGGAAUUCACAGGAUGAAGAAACAUCUAGCAAAGAUUACUGGAGACGUGAAAAAAUGUCCUAAAGUUCCAUAUGAUGUGGAAAAACAGAUGGAAAGUUUGUUGAAAGAUAUUCAGGCCAGCAAAAAGAAAAGAAAAGUAAGUUUUGGUGAAGAGGGUGGUGAUGAGGUAGAGGAUGCAAUUGAUGAGGCAAUAGCUCAAGAAGAACAGGAACAGCAGCGUACCUCGAGUCAGCAAGGAGUUGGAGGCGAUCCAAAGAAAAAAGCCAAAGUCAUUCCUCAUUUGUUUGCACCAAGAACAACUCCAGGAGCUCAACCAAGUAUUAAAAGUGUUAUGCAAAACAAAGAGGCGAUACACGAGGUUGAUAAACGAUUUGCUCGGUGGCUUUUGGAUUGUAAAAUUCCAUUUAAUGCUGUGAUGUCACCAUAUUUCCAAGAUAUGUUAGAUGGUAUUGCUGGUAUUGGACCUGGUUACAAGGGGCCUUCUUAUGAUAAGUUAAGGGUUCAUUUGUUGGCUGAUCUUAAAAGAGAAAGUCAAAUGCUAGUUGAUAGUUAUAGGAGUGCAUGGAAGGAAACUGGAUGUACCCUCAUGGCUGAUGGUUGGACAGAUCAAAGACAAAGAACGUUAAUCAAUUUCUUGGUGUAUUGUUCUAAAGCCAAUUAUGUUGUUGCUGGUAGGCUUAUCAAUAGAAAAUAUGAUAAUAUCUAUUGGUCACCAUGUGCUGCUCAUUGCCUUAAUCUUAUUUUAAAAGAUAUAAGUAGCAUGGCGCAUAUUUCUAACCUUGCAACUCGUGCUUCAAAGAUCACAGUAUUUGUGUACAAUCAUACGAUUUUCUUAUCUUGGCUAAGAGAAAGACCUAAGUGGAGAGAAAUUGUACGUCCUGGUGCAACCCGGUUUGCAACUGUGUUUAUUACAUUGAAGAGCAUCUUUGACCGUAAAAAGGAGUUGCAACAAUUGGUUGUAGAUUCAAUUUUCACUGAUCACAAAUUAGGAAGGAGUGCUACUGGUAGAGCUGUGAGUGCUAUUAUUCUGGAUGCAAAAUUUUGGGACGAUUGCUUUACUGUAUGUAAACUUGUGAGCCCUCUGAUUUACUUGCUGAGGGUUGUUGAUGCUGAUGACCCCCCAUCUUUGGGGUAUGUUUAUGAAGGAAUGCUAAGGGCAGAAGAUGCAAUUAAGGAGAUGUUUAGGCAAUCCAAGACUGCAUAUCAGCCGUACACAAAUAUUAUCAACUCAAGAUGGGACAAGCAUUUGAAGAAAGAUCUUCAUGCGGCAGCUUACUUCCUGAAUCCUAAAUUCUUUUUUAAUGAAAAUUAUAAAGAAGCACCUGAUGUUAUGCGAGGUUUGCUUGAUCUUGUUACCUUGUAUUGCAAGUGUAACAAUUUGGAUUCAGUUCAGGCAAUGAAAGAAAUACAUUUAUAUAGAGAUCGGAAGGAAAGUUUUGAUAGACAAGAAGUUAUUCCAGCUGCAUCUGAACUUAAGCCUGAUGAAUGGUGGAGGUUAUUCGGAGGCUCUGCUCUAUGUCUACAAAAGAUAGCUGUUCGCAUUCUUAGCCAAGCAUCUGCUUCUUCUGGGUGUGAGAGAAAUUGGAGCCUUUUUGACCAGAUUCAUACAAAAAGAAGAAAUAGAUUGGAGCAUGAUAGACUGAAUGACAUUGUUUAUGUUACCUAUAAUUUGCGUCUUAAAUCCAGGAAGGAAAAAGAAACAAGAAAGCAAAAGACACAACAUGAUCCAAUUGAUUAUGAAAGUAUCAGUCAAGUUGACUUCUGGGUGACUGAAGAGGUUGUAGAGAAAGAACCUGAUCUUCCUAGUAAUGUGGAUGACUUAUUGCGUGAAAUUGAUGCUGAUUUAUAUCAAAGUGGUGGUGGUAGUAGUGGUCUUUAUGCUGCAUCUCUUUCUUCUGCUGAUCAGGGUGGGAAUGAAGGUGAAGAUCAUCCCACCAAAGCAGAUUUGCAACAAGUUCUUGUGGAUUUUGAUAAUUGA